AAACUCUGAUUUUUUAUUGGUUAAGAUGGUAAGAGUUGCUUUCAAAGUUCAAGAAGAAAGAAGGGAGCCAACCAACCCAAUUCUUCCCCACAUUGCUCAAUGCUCACCCUCCCUUCCUUCUUACUCUUCAAUUUCUUUUCUUAUCUGAAGCCUCUCUCUCUCUCUCUCUCCGCGGCAAAGCAAAUGGCGAGGGCGGGAGGAAUCACGAACGCAGUAAAUGUGGGUAUAGCAGUGCAAGCGGAUUGGGAGAACCGGGAGUUCAUCUCUCACAUCUCUCUCAAUGUUCGUCGCCUUUUCGAUUUCCUUGUCCAAUUCGAGGCUACAACAAAGAGCAAAUUGGCCUCAUUGAAUGAGAAGCUUGAUACCCUGGAGCGCCGUUUAGAGCUCCUUGAAGUCCAAGUGACUACUGCAUCGGCCAACCCGUUUCUUUUUACGUGAUGCUUACUGGACCAUGUCAUUGUAUAAAGUACUUUAUCUGUAAGCACAAAUUUAUCUACAUUUGUGAAAAGAAUACUUGGUUUUGAAACCCAGUUUUGAAAGUUGGACAUCUAUGUAUCUUUUGUGAUUUUAUUUCAAUAUUUUUUCUUUAAAAAAUAUAUAUAUAAAGCAGGAAUGCAUUCAUAUA